CUGGAAAAUUUGUAUGCGUGUUUGCGCCCAUUAAGAAGCUGUAUUAGUAUUUGUUCGGAUGAUGUAAGCGAUUUCACGCAUACGGGAAAGGCGCUUCCCAUCGGGUCCAGAAAUAUUUCACAAGUAAUAUAUGUGACUCCUACGCUUGCUGUGGUCCCCUUUAAGCCAUACUGUUGCGUGAGAGGUUUUUUAAGCUGUUGCAUCACAUCCUGAAUUCCCGGUCCGCCAUUUUCAGACUAAUGUUUCGUUCACGACUUCACGUUCGUUCACGACUGCGUGACGAGUAAUUUAUCUUCGAGAGAUAUAUUCGCUGUCACAUGUCAAUCAUCAAACUAUCUCUUCUUUUCUUCCAUCUUUCUGCUGGCUUCUAGUCAUAGAUUUAUUAGUUAGUUUUGGGUUUGGCCUGAUUGUCCGUUGCCGUGUCCAAAGGAUAUAGUAAACAGUUGAAUAAACAAGGAAACGUACGUCUCGGAUUCCACUGUUACUAACGUCUACACAGAAGACUUGCUAGAACUGCUAAAUAAUAAAAAAGAAGGUCGCUUUGUGUAUCCAAUAACUUCACGGUAGGUGUUGCAACGUCAGCUUCUUUCACUUUUUCAACGGUUAAAAAUAUACCGCUCCCCGCUCUGUGGCAAAAUCUUUUUAAACUGGAUCAACAUUUCAUGAGAGGUCCUUGAGUUUGCGUGAGCCUAUUUUUGAAAAAGACCACCUAUUUGUAUUGACGGCUAAAUUCUUGGAAUUGCGAUAGCAGCUAAAAAUCGAUAGAUAGCUUCGCUUGGAACAGACGAACAUUUUAGCCCUAAACAACAACUAGUCUGCACUUAUAUGAACGUCUACGAGGCUGUGCGGGCUGUGUUAAAUUUCUUCCUUUCACCUGAUAUUUCAUCGCAUCAGCAUAUUAUUCAACGUAAAGCAUACAGAAAACAGAAGUAUCAGCACAAAUGGCUCUAGAGAAGAAAACUCAAUUCCCUCUUUUCAGCAAAAUUCUCAAUGGCGGGAUUGCUGGAAUUGUAGGUGUUUCCAUUGUUUACCCAAUUGAUCUAGUCAAAACAAGACUCCAAAACCAGAACUCAUCAACCGGUGAAAAACAAUAUAAGAAUAUGUUAGAUUGCUUUAAAAAGUCUUACCGAGCCAGUGGAUACUUGGGCAUGUACAGAGGCUCUGCUGUUAAUAUUUUGUUAGUAACUCCCGAAAAAGCUAUUAAACUGACUGCAAACGACGCUUUCCGUUACGUAUUACUGAACAAGCAAGGGAAAUUAACAUUGCCGAGGGAAAUGAUUGCAGGCGGAACUGCUGGUUUGUGUCAGACUGUGAUAACAACUCCGAUGGAACUCCUUAAGAUAAAAAUGCAGUUGAGCGCCCAGCAGAGCACCAGUGGGCCUCGAACGUCGGCCCUACGCCUCGCCACAGACCUGAUCUCCUCUCAAGGACUUCGGGGUUUGUACCGUGGCUGCUUGUCCACCAUCAUGCGCGACGUCAGCUUCUCAAUCAUUUACUUCCCGCUGUUUGCGCAUUUGAAGGCUCUAGGAUCUAACCAGCAAGGGACCGACUUGGUCACCUGUGAGGCUCCGUUCUACUGGUCGUUCAUAUCAGGUUGCGCUGCUGGAGGUUUUGCCGCUGUAGCCGUCAACCCGAUUGAUGUCGUUAAAACGCGUCUACAGGCACAGGGUCAAUCGAAAGAGGUUCCAGGCGGAGGUAAAGGAACUCCUGGACCGUCUUCCGUGUUGAUGAAACCUCAUUCCCAAUCUAGGGAUCCGCAUAAGUUAGCAUUCCUCAACGCGAGUGGCGAGGCUAAAGGAGGAGGAGGUGUCGCACGCAGCCUCCAUCAACCCAGUGGGAUCCCCGCUGCGGAAAUCCCUCGCUAUCACGGCAUUGGUGACGCCGUGAUGAAAAUUAUGAGUGAAGAAGGAUAUCGCGCCUUCUUCAAAGGCGGUGGCUGCCGUGUCCUGGUCAUCGCUCCUCUUUUCGGCAUUGCUCAGACUGUCUACUAUCUCGGCGUCGGUGAAUACCUGCUCGGGGUCAACACGUCCAAGUAAAGCGCAACACUCCGUCAAUUCAUUUCCAGGCUCUUAAAACAAAGUUUCUUGUUUUUUUAUUCUUUAUCAAGUUAAAGAAAUGGGCCGAAAUCAUAUUAAUUCUUUUCUAAAAAGAUAAAAUUACUUUGGUUCAAGGGGCAAUAUUGAGAGGAACCAAGUUUAGCGUUUCUUUGGAUAAUUAAGAGCGAAUCUCGUCAGAGAAUAACAAAUACUGUUAAUGCUUUAGGCAAUAGGGUGCAAUUUGGCACAUUUUGUUUCUUUUUUCUGCGCUGGAUUUUUCCCGGCGUUAUACUAGAUUGAGUAAAAAAUGAUGUUCAUUUUAUCACCUUUUGUUGUGAUGGAAUUAACUUUGUUAGUAAUUUGGGGAUCCAAUCAUUAAAAUUUUUUUUUACACAAUAACCUUAACAUCAUCUUCCUGCCGCCGUCUUCUCUUUAUUUCCUGUCAAAAGUAUUGUUAUCAUUCAUGUUCAUCGUCUGUUUACUCCACGUUCUUACACACUUGAACUUAAGAAGCUCUUUCGGUAUGGAGCCUUCCUUCUGGCUUGUUAUACAAGUCAAUGAUAUACUUUAGUAACCUUUUUUUUUCUUUUUGGAACAAUAAUUUGAGUCCUUUACGCUUUAUUAUAAUUUACCUUAUUGAAUACAUUUUCAUACGUGGGAUCCGACCAGUGUUGAGUGUAAGCAUCCAAACGCUUCGGUUCUCCGCUAUAAAUUUGUUGUUUUAA